UACUCUAAUAUGGAACAUAUUUCCCAUCAUAUGACUCCAUAUAAUUUCUAAUUAGUUCAUUACAAGAACACCAUUAAUGCAAAUUAAAAAGAAGAAUUUCCAAGAGAAGGCUACGCCCCCGUCCCCCCAACGGGCCCACCUAACGGAAAUUAACGGAUCAAAUCACAAGCUUCACUUUCUGAUUCUGAUCAGCUUUGCAUGUCUUCAUCUUUCAUCUUUAUUCUUAAUCCUUUGUUUUAAUUGCAUUCUUUGACAUGCAUGAUGUUUGAUCCCUAUUGAUCUUUUAUUUUUAUUUUUAUAUAUAUAUAUAUAUAUAUAUUUUGGGAUCGAUUAAACUUUCUGUGGGAUUCUGUGAAUCUCUAAGCCCAGAAUGAUUUCUUCUUUAAAAUUCAACGUGAAGUUCUCCCUUCAUUUCACUCUAUAUAUAAAACAAUUCCAAUUUUUCCAUUUUGAUAAGUCUCAAAUUAUUUAACACAACCCCUUUUAUACAAUUUUACAAAUUUCAAGAAUUCAAAUCCCGUAGGCUAUUAGAAUUUUAAAACUUUCAUGUGAUAUUUCAAGAAUUCUAGCCCUGCCUAUAUGACUCUAUAUGUAAACAAAUGAGAUGGUAGAAAGUGAUUUAAGUAAAGAUAAUAUAGAGGGUAGUACUAAAAGUGACAACUUAUUAUGGACCUCCAAAGAUUCAGGUUCAAGUUGUCAUAGGGACCCUUCUUUUUCUGGUUGGUUUGAUGAAAGUGGCACCCUUCAUUCAUCUCAAAUAGUCAACAGACAUAAUCUUAAUGCAGAUGAUUUCGAUUUCGAAUUGCCAAAGGGGAAAGAAAUAAAUGUAUCUAUAGGCACAGAGACAAACCAACAUAGUAGUAACUUUAAGCACAGGAUGAUGAGGGGCGGUGGUGGUGAUUUUGCUAGUGGAGAAGAUAGGUAUGUUCCAUUUGACGUGGAGAAUGGUUCAUCGAGUCAUCGAGGAUCUGUCGAUGAUGAUGAGAAGGAUGAUAGCGACGAUGAUGAUGGUCGUUCAGCUUUCUCGGACUACCAUGACUCACCACAGGCAGUUUCAAAGAAUGGUGCUAUUUCUGAAGUUGAUGUGUUGAAGACAUUAUUCUUCAUCCUUGUAUGGUACAGUGUCAGCUUGUUCUUGACAUUGUACAAUAAAACUCUUCUCGGGGAUCAUCUCGGGAAGUUCCCUGCUCCUUUACUUAUGAACACUGUCCACUUUACCAUGCAAGCAGUUUUGUCCAAGGCCAUUACUGGGUUCUGGUCUCAAAGAUUUCAACCUACAGUAAUGAUGUCUUGGAGAGACUAUUCUUUGAAAGUUGUACCGACAGCUCUCACAACGGCAAUGGAUGUUAACCUUAGCAAUGCAUCCCUUGUUUUCAUCUCUGUCACAUUUGCCACUAUGUGUAAAUCUGCAUCUCCCAUCUUUCUCCUAUUCUUCGCAUUUGCUUUCAGGUUGGAGUCUCCAAGUGUAAAGCUGCUGGGGAUAAUUUUGGUCAUUUCUGUUGGGAUACUAUUAACAGUUGCAAAGGAGACAGAAUUUGAGUUUUGGGGAUUUGUGUUUGUUAUGCUUGCUGCAGUUAUGUCUGGGUUUCGCUGGAGUAUGACUCAGAUUCUUCUGCAGAAAGAAGCCUAUGGUUUAAAAAAUCCACUCACCCUAAUGAGCUAUGUUACUCCAGUAAUGGCUAUUUCAACUGCUUUUCUGUCCCUUAUUUUUGAUCCAUGGCACAAAUUCGGACACACCAAUUACUUUGAUAGCUCGUGGCAUAUAGCUCGAAGUUGUUUGCUGAUGCUUUUUGGUGGAACUUUGGCGUUUUUUAUGGUGUUGACGGAAUAUAUUCUUGUGUCUAUCACAAGUGCAGUAACUGUGACAAUAGCGGGAGUUGUAAAGGAGGCGGUCACAAUCUUGGUUGCUGUAUUUUAUUUUCACGACGACUUUACCUGGAUGAAAGGGUUCGGUCUCAUGACGAUAAUGUUUGGUGUCAGUUUGUUUAACUGGUACAAGUACGAUAAAUUACAGAAAGGUAGCAUAGGUGAAGAUGAAAUUGGAUCACCAUUAGGAAAUGCAGCUGCUAAGUAUGUUAUACUUGAAGAAAUGGAAGAUCAAGAUCAUGGUCCUUGAAGUUUCCGUAUGGAAUUUAUCUGCGUUUACGAACAUAGUCUGGUGAACUCUUGAAAUCACUAAAUAUAGAAAUGGAGGCUAUCAGUAUCUUUACAAAAAGAGGAGCAAGUGGCAUAUUUGUAUUAUGAAGGCCUCAAAUAGGACUAAAGUGGCAGCAUCCACAGACGCGUCAUUUUUUGGACUGAACUCUCAUGCUGGAAAGUGAUGAUGCGAUUGAUGGUGAAAGACAGAAACUUUUGUUCUUCAAUCAGAGCAAGUUAUAAGGUUAAUCAGUGUUAUCAUAAUCUGGAGAGCCUCAUUUUUUGUUAAACAGAUACUUUCUCUACAAUAUUCAUCUGAUUUUUCUGCAUUCUACAUUUAAUUCUUGUAAUGAAGGUGUUAAUAGACAUCAAGAGAUGAGUCUUAACAGAUAGUUGGUUUUUUAAUUUUCUCCAAAAUUGGAUUUUAGAGGUUUUAUGGUCAAAUAGUACAACCAUAUUGAUUGAAUUCUCUAAUUCCGCCUAUGUGACAACUGACAAAGCAUGAUUGGUUCUAAACGUUUAGAAAGGAGGAGGGUUGUUGUAGGUUGAUUGUCAAAGUAAAAAUAGUCUCAGCUACAAUGAGUGUACUG